AUGGCUAUUCGUCGCAUCUUCCUUGCCGCUCGGAAGCAGAGCGGCAGUCCCAGUAUUUCUGAAUCAUUUGAGAAAAUCAACACUUCCAAUAUGAGGUCGAUACUAUUUCUUUCUAUAGCGAUCUCGAUCUGCUCCGCUCUCGUGAUUCCAGAUCAAGAGGCUGUUCUUGAUACCUUUUGGAAGACUUCGCCCGAUACAGAGAGAUCGUCUUACAAAAAGCUACUCGCUAAUGAGCCCGACUCUGAAAAUCGGGUUCAGCUUGACACCGAGUCACUAUGGGGAACUUUCGCAUCUCAAGUUGAGCCGGUGCGAGGCUCAGCUGUUUACCCAGCUUCAGGUUUGCUGGAAUACGAUGGGCUUAGCAAGAGUAUGAAAGUAUUCAGCAAUAAAGAAUACAGCAAAGAUGACCUUAUGACACAUGAUGAAGACUCAUUCCCUGGUCCUGGUCCUGGUCCACGACCUCAUCCAGGUUAUCCAGGUCAAAGACCACCACAUCCAGGUCCUGGAUACCCACACCAUGGACCAUGUGAUAACCCAGCUCUAUGUCCCGGAAACAGGACAAUCUGGGAGCUGAUCAGCCAAAGUCAUAGAACAGCACGCUUAGCAGAGAUGAUCAGGAACGACGAUGAGCUGGUCAAGUUACUCAGCAAUGCGAGUGCGAAUUACACGCUCUUCGCACCAACAAAUCGAGCAUUGGAUCGAUUAAUGACUCACUUCGACCUACCAUCCAUUGCAAGUAUUUUACGGUAUCAUGUUAUACUUGGAAGAGCGUCUUGGGAGGAUCUACGGGCUUAUAGACAUCAGACACUCGCUACUACUUUGAGUGCGUCUACAUUGGGUCAGGGGAAAGGUUCAAGUUUGGAUACGCAGAAGAAGAAGAAGAAAAGAAAGGACGAUGAUGAUGAUAAGGAGAAGGACAAAUAUAGGGAUCAUCUACAGCGACUUCGAGUUGAUGCAAUUCGAGACUCGGUCUUGUUAAACGGAGCGAGUGAGAUCAUUGCCGGGAAUAUUAUCGCAUCAAACGGCAUAAUUCACCACAUCGAUAUACCACUAACUCCACCUCCAAAUACAAGUACUCUUCUCAGGCUCCUUCCAGAACACUUUAGCACAUUUACAUUUGCCCUCUCGAAAUCAAACCUGGAGCCUCAUUUCGACGCUACGAAUCGACACGGUGGAACAACCUUCGCACCAACAAAUAGUGCCUUCCGGGCCCUAGGACCGCGCAUAAAUGGGUUCUUGUUCUCGCCGCAGGGAGAAGAGUGUCUGCGUGCUUUACUUCAGUAUCACAUUGUACCGGAUCAUACUAUCUAUUCUGAUGCAAUUUAUGUGGAUAGAGAGACGGCGGAGGAAUUUAUCAGAGGUAGUGGACAUCAUGGUCGAAAGCCUGGAAGAGGGCAUCGUCGAAAUCCUGAAGGUAGGAAGGGUCGGUAUCCUGUUGUUCAUGUGGAUUCGUCGACAUUGCUAGAGGGUUAUGAUAUCAGUAUGGAUAUUAUGCGACAGGGAUGGAAUACUGAAGUAAGGAUUAAUGGGUUCUGGGAGCCGCGUAUUGUUGAUUUACUAGCUGGGGAUGGGGUUAUACAUGUGGUGGAUCAAAUAUUGAUCCCACCGAAAACAGUGGGUAGCCGGGUAAAAGGCAAAACAACUCAUGAGGAACAGCUGGGAAUGCUUACUGAGGGAUUGGAGAACUGUGGGAGGAUUAGGAAUCCUAGGAUCGAGCUAUAG